AGGGAAGCGUCCAUGUCAGCCGCCAUACGAGCGCUGGAUGCGGGGAAAUGUGCUGCGGGAGAUGAGAGUGGACGUUAAUUUAGAGUUCCCGGCGUGUGUUUUUUUUAGCAAACUUCGGGGUGAUUUGGGGCCAGCUGACUAGCGCUGGAGCGAUGAAGGGAGAGGCGGAAGUGAAGUCACUUGACAGACCGUCCAUGUUAUUAUUGUUAUUUUGGUAGCCCUGUGAUGAGACGGGCUGGGGAGCCGUUGGUCUCCGAGACAACGACCGUUGACGUUACCGCAGGCCGCCCCGGACCGACACCACCCUCCUCACUGACCCGGAGACAGGAGCCUCGCUGACGGCUGGGGGUGGGGGGGGGAGGGUGUGUGAGGACCCAGCUCCAGCUCGGCUCCUACACUCCGGCCGAAAAUAAAACGGCGACAAAAACAAUAACGGCGAACGGCUCGACUGGUGUCUGUGCGGUUUGUAGCAGGGACGUGCCGCAGCAGACAUGAACGGUAUCACCAAGGGCCGGUUCGAGGUGUUCUCAAACAGCGAUGAAGCCCCCAUUAACAAGAAGCUCCCCAAAGAGCUUCUUCUUAGAAUAUUCUCCUAUCUAGAUGUGGUUACACUAUGUAGGUGUGCCCAAGUAUCCAAGGCGUGGAAUGUGCUGGCCCUCGACGGGAGUAACUGGCAGAAGAUUGACUUGUUCAACUUCCAGACGGACAUAGAGGGGCGGGUGGUGGAGAACAUUUCGAAGCGUUGUGGAGGCUUCCUGAGGCAGCUGAGCCUCAGGGGCUGCCUGAGCGUGGGAGAUGCCUCCAUGAAGACAUUUGCUCAGAACUGCAGAAACAUCGAAGUGUUGAACCUGAACGGCUGCACCAAGAUCACAGAUAGCACCUGUCUCAGCCUCAGCAAGUUUUGCUACAAACUCAAACAGCUAGAUCUCACCUCCUGUGUGUCCAUCAGCAACCACUCCCUCAAAGCCCUCAGCGAUGGCUGCAGAAUGCUGGAGAUGUUGAACCUGUCAUGGUGUGACCAGAUCACUCGUGAUGGCAUUGAGGCUCUGGCGAGAGGCUGCACUGGUUUACGAGCACUGUUCCUCAGAGGCUGCACACAGCUGGAAGAUGGAGCAUUGAAACACCUAAUGAAACACUGCCCAGAGCUUACCACCAUCAACAUGCAGUCUUGCACAAUUACGGAUGAAGGCCUGGUCAGUCUGUGCCGAGGAUGCCACAAGCUGCAGAUCCUUUGUGUGUCUGGCUGCAGUAACAUCACUGAUGCCUCCCUCACUGCAAUGGGACUCAACUGUCCCAGACUCAAGAUCCUUGAAGCUGCACGAUGCUCCCAUGUUACAGACGCUGGGUUCACUGUGCUGGCCAGGAAUUGUCAUGAGCUUGAAAAAAUGGACUUAGAAGAAUGUAUUUUGGUGACAGAUAACACCCUGGUUCAGCUGUCUAUCCACUGCCCUCGCCUGCAAGCACUGUCCCUGUCCCACUGCGAGCUGAUCACAGACGAUGGCAUCAGAGCUCUGAGCAGCAGCACCUGUGGCCAAGAGCGCCUCACUGUGGUGGAGCUGGACAACUGCCCCCUCAUCACUGACGUGACCCUGGAGCACCUGAAGAGCUGCCAUCGUCUGGAGCGCAUUGAGCUUUACGACUGUCAGCAGGUCACCCGGGCCGGCAUCAAACGCAUCCGGGCCCACCUUCCAGAGAUCAAGGUCCACGCCUACUUUGCCCCAGUGACACCCCCUCCCUCUGUACAUGGAGGUGGCCAGCGUCUGUGCCGCUGCUGCAUCAUCCUCUGACAGUGGAGGGCCAGGGGGGGCCACCUCUGUCUACAGGUCCUGCUGCUCUGAUAUGGGCUGAAAUGGGAUGGGGGAUGGGGGGAGGACUGGGGUAGGUGUAGGGGAGAGGAGGGGCUGGACCCACUCACUGCUCCUGAUCACUGAUCAAUACAUAGACUGAUCGCCACUGAUCAGUUGAACCUGCCCCUCCUCUCUCCUCGUGCUCACCAAUUAGGAUUGCAGCAGCCCCCCGGGGGUUAGGGUGUGGAGGGGUGGGUGAAAAAGAACAAGGAUGGAGGGACUUUUCUCUUGUGAUCUCAUUCUCUCUUUCUCACUGUAAAGACGAUAUCAGGCUCUACGCUCCAUCCUGCUCCUCACACCACCGACUCCCCACCUGUGGGCGUGGAGGACUGCAUCCGGACAGCUCGAGAUGGGGACUACAAUGCAUCAUGUUCAAACAAAAAAAAAAUGACGAUGUUGUCAUGUUGGCCAACAGUUUGCUCCCCUUGGAGUAUCAUCUCAACCACAUGACACCUCUAUGUGACCAUCCUGUGAUUCAUUCUGCUUUGACCAAUAAACACGCAGGUGGAGGGAGAGGAGAGCUGGGUUGUGGGAAUUGCAGAUCCUCUGGAUUAAAAAAAAAACAAAAAAACAGUGAAGCUUUUGCACAGCCAGCUUAACUCUCUAAUGUGGAAGAGUUGAGAAAAAAGUACAGAAUGGGACAUGUGACAUAUUUGUGCAUCUGAGAAACUUUUGUUGAGAUUUAGAUUAUGUUUGUACAGAGAAUGUUUUGCAAUGGGAAAAAAAGAAUUACACUUAUGGCAAUUCACUCUAAAUCGGGGUAGGCCAACAACAGUUUUAUUUUCUUUUUUUUUCAGUGCUUAUUGUAAUUGUCCAUGCCUGUCUAUCCAGAGAGGGAGAUAUGUUUGUCAUUCUUUUUGAAAUGGAAAAGAAGCAACUGUUGCUGUUUAACAAAAAAAGGACCUAUGAUUCAGACCCUUAAAUCGUUAUGUUGACUCUGUAUGCUGCUGGGAUGAGUUGCCUCUCCUGUGUACUGCGUGGUUAUGUUGGCUCGUAGGCCCUGAUCCAAUCCUGUCAGUAACCCUGUGCACUAGCUCCUACUUGACCACUUAAGCAUUUGUUUACAGCCUGGAUUAGGUUAGCACCACAGACAAACUUGUUUACAUCAGUAGGUCUCCAGUCUCCCCACUAUUCAGAGUGAGUUUAGUAACACUGGUAAAAUGGCAGUAAACCCACUGUUUUUAACUGGACUGUGAAGUCAAUUAUUUAAAUUUGUUGCUGUGUGUAUUUGGAUAUCAAUCAGGGCUAACGUUGGUGCAGCUUUGCUUCAGAUGAAACAGAAAUUUGCUUAAAGCUGAGAUGAGAAUGUGAGCAAAGGCACCUCAAUGAUUUGACAAUCACAUGAAUUUAUGUAUUUGAAAUUUUAUUUAGUGUAGUUUCGUGCAAUUGGCUAUUUGCUGAUGACGUAGGAUAUAUAAUAAUUGUCUUUAUUCAAUAUAUUCCGCUCACUAAAUGCCCCAAGCAGCAUGUGAAAAAAUAAUUUAAAAUAGCAUUUGACACAGGUCUGGUGAGAUUUGCCAGCAAGAUAUAUAAAAUUGAUCAGCAACAAAUUCAUCCAAUCCUAAAAAAACCUGUGUGAUAACAAGGAUUUGAUAUGCAGUGAUUGAAAAGCCCAGAAACCAACAGUUUAUUUCACUUCUACAGACACUCCUUCUGAUCAACAUGAUCUGUCCUGCCAUGCAGAGGAACUCAUGUACGGGGCAUGAAAUAUCACUACUCAAAGCACUGAAAAUACAACAAAACAGAAGCAGCUCACAAUUUUUGCGCUGACCAAGAGACUGGCAAGUGCUGUGUAGCGCCAAGUGCUCAAAGACUGGGGAGAUUGGCAGGACAGUGGACAGGACUGAAACACUGAGAGCAGACAGAAAGACGAAGAAAGACUCAGAUGGAUACAUAGCUGACUUGACUGGCUGUGAUACUAAUGCCCUCUCUUUGACAGCUGUUUUAACAAUUUUAUGUUUAAGAAAAUAAAGAAAUAAAUGAAAAAAAUAAACAAAUGAAUAAAUAAAAGUGACUAAUAGUAAAUGUG